UUCUUUCAGGGGAGAAACUGUACACCACCACCAUGGCUGGCAGCAGUACUGGCAGUUUUAAGGCAGCAGACCUCGUCAUCCAGCUCUCUUCCUCUCCAAAGAUAAAACCAGAUGUUGUUGACUUUGGGACGGUCUUCACUGACCACAUGCUGACCGUAGAGUGGAAUGCCAAUGAGGGCUGGCAGGCUCCCCUCAUCAGGGCCUUCAGGAACCUUUCACUUCACCCAGCCUGUUCAGCACUGCAUUAUGGCGUUCAGCUGUUUGAAGGCUUGAUGGUGUACCGAGGUGAUGACAACCGCCUCCGCCUCUUCAGACCCAUAUUGAACAUGAAUCGGAUGGCAAAUUCUGCUAAGAGAGCUUGUCUACCUGCCUUUGAUCAGUCAGAGUUGCUGGAGUGCAUAAGAAGGCUGAUGGACAUUGACCAGGACUGGGUGCCUCAUUCAGAUUCUGCCAGUCUGUACAUAAGACCAACAUUUAUAAGCACAGAGCCUUCUCUGGGUGUUAAGAAGCUGACCAGCGCCUUGCUUUAUGUAAUUUUGUGUCAAGCCGGCUCAUACUUUAACACCGAGAUGAGAGCCCUGUCUUUGUGGGCCGACCCAAAGUACACACGAGCCUGGAAAGGCGGAACUGGAGACUGCAAGAUGGGAGGGAACUAUGGAGGCACUCUGUAUGCACAGUAUGAGGCAGCGAGUUACGGCUGUCAGCAGGUGCUGUGGCUUUAUGGAGAGGACCAUCAGAUAACUGAAGCAGGAACCAUGAACAUCUUUCUGCACUGGAUCAAUGACGAUGGGGAUGAGGAACUUGCAACUCCACCACCAGAUGGCAUCAUUCUUCCAGGCAUCACUCGACAGAGUAUCCUGGACCUUACCAAAAAAUAGGAUGAGUUCAAAGUGUCAAAGCGAUACCUCACAAUGGGCCAGCUGUAUUCAGCUCUGAAGCAGCAGCGUCUUAAAGAGAUGUUUGGCUCUGGCACUGCCUGCGGCAUCUGCCCUGUAGGAAGCAUUGUCUAUCAAGGAACGAAUUUGCAGCUUCCCUAUCAGGAGAAGCACUCGCUGUCUUCAAGGAUUACAACAGAACUUGCCGAUAUACAGCAUGGCCGCUCUCCGAGUGACUGGACUUACCUCGUGUAGCAGUGAUGAAGAAGCUCGGACUGACCUGUGGUAAAACCACCAAAAUAAAACUGGUUAUGUGCAUCGGACUAAUCUUCACUGGUCAUAAGGAAAAAGUAUAUAGUUUUACCCUAAGAUUAAUUUGUUGGUGACAAACUUCAAGAUAAUAACUGUGGUUGUCUCAGGUUUUACUUUUUGUUUAACCUUAAUUAAACAGAGUUGCACAACUGUCCAAAGUAAUUAGCUAAAGUAGCUUGAUGUCUCAUGUAAUACUGUACAAUAACUUACAGAAACCAGCAACCACAGCCGCCUGUUUUUGCUUAUUUUUACAACCAACAUGCAGAGGAGAGAUUUUGCUUGGACCUACAUAGCAAACUAAAAGCAGGCAAACCUACUUCUAUACUGCUAAUGUGCAGUGCAUGUAAGAAUUACUAAGCAACUAUAUAGGAAUCUGUGUGGCUUUUUUGUAUUUUGCACAAAACAUGCUAUAAAGGUAGUUUUACUCAA